UUUCAACUCAAUAGAUUUGAAAGAGAUAAGAAAGACGUUGCACUGCAAAAUCAAGUUGCCGACAGAUCGAGACACACGCAAUGAAAUCUGUUCUUCUUCUUCUGUCCAUUUUUGUUUCUUUGGAAGCAGCUGUAGUAUUUAGAGACUGCGUUCCUUCCACCACCGCUCAUCCCUAUGUGACGUUUACGUCUGUGACGGUUUCACCUUCUCCUGUGGUAGUCCCUGGCAACAUAACAAUCGGAGUGCAGGGAAACGUGCUCCAGCACUUUGGCACCGAUGUUAGUAUGGUGGUUCACAUGGAUAAACAUCUCCUCGGAGUUUGGACAAAGGUUCCCUGCAGUCAAAACGUUGGUUCAUGCAACUAUGACAACCCCUGCGAGUUUUUGUCAGUAUUCAAGUCCUCGGGGACCUGUCCACCCCAACUUACUGCGCAUGGUCUGCCCUGCACGUGUCCAUUUAACCCAUCUGACAUUAAUCUACCCCAAACUGUGUUCGAAGUGACCCAUAUCAAUGCAGCCUGGCAAUGGAUCAUUUCGGGAAACUUCCGUGUACAGAUUGAAAUGAUACAUGGACACGAGGUUGUGGGAUGUUUCCAUGUAGAGAUGGACAUUAAAAGAAUUGGACACAACGGCGGGUUCUUCUUGGGAUAAGAUGAAGAAAGUCAUAUGAAUAACAGAUGAUGAAGAAGCAGUUGUGAAUUGAAAUAAAAACAAAUCUCAAUGGAA